UAGCGUGUGAGCGGAUACUAGCCGAAGCCAUCAGAAGAAAAGCCGGUAAUCGGCACAAAUUGUGAAGAAACCGUUAAACACCCAGAAUGACCGUCACCUACACUGCCGAAGUAGCGACCUGUCGAGGGUUUGGCUGCUUCCUAAAGCUGCUGCUUAGAUGGCGCGGCAGUAUUUACAAGCUCGUGUGGCUAGAUCUCAGCUGUUUCUUACUGCUCUAUUAUAUGCUGAAUAUUACGUACCGAUUAGUAUUAAACGAGGAUCAGAAAAAAAUCUUCGAGGACAUUGUCCGCUACUGUGCCACCUACAGCAACCUCAUUCCACUUUCGUUCGUGCUGGGUUUCUACGUCACGAUCGUGAUGACCCGGUGGUGGAACCAGUAUACCAGCAUCCCGUGGCCGGACCCGAUCGCCGUCUUCGUCAGUGCCAACAUUCACGGUCAGGACGAACGAGGUCGCGUGAUGCGGCGGACGAUCAUGCGGUACGUGUGCCUCUGCCUGACGAUGGUCCUCACGAACAUUUCGCCGCGCGUGAAGAAGCGCUUUCCCACGAUCGACCACCUGGUGGAGGCGGGUCUGCUUAACGAGAACGAGCACAAGAUCAUGCAGGAUCUAAACGAGAAGUUCCCGCGCCACUCGAAGCACUGGCUGCCGAUCGUGUGGGCGGCCAGUAUUGUGACGCGGGCACGGAAGGAGGGCCGAUGCCGGGACGAUUUCGCCGUGAAGACGAUCAUCGACGAGCUGAACAAGUUUCGGGGUCAGUGCGGGUUGCUGAUUUCGUACGACACGAUCAGCGUGCCGCUGGUUUACACCCAGGUGGUGACGCUGGCCGUGUAUUCGUUCUUCCUGACGUCGGUCAUGGGCCAGCAGUGGAUCGAGACGAAGGACGUGGGCCAUGGGGUGGUGGUGAAGAUUGACCAGUACUUCCCGAUCUUUACGACGCUGCAGUUCUUCUUCUAUAUGGGAUGGUUGAAGGUGGCCGAGUCGUUGAUCAAUCCGUUCGGGGAGGAUGACGAUGACUUCGAGGUGAACUGGAUGGUGGACCGGAACAUCCAGGUGGCGUACCUGAUCGUGGACGAAAUGCACCACGAGCAUCCGACGCUGGUCAAGGAUCAGUACUGGGACGAUGUGCUGCCGAUCGAACUGCCCCACACGGUCGCUUCGGCUGAGUACAAAGAGGAGGAACCGCAGCCUUCGACGGCCAACAUCGAGGUGUCGCGGAAGGGCGCCGAAGUGAUCCCGGUGAUACCGUCCUCCGUGCGGGUAGACGAAAUGGUCGGUAAAAGAGGUCAAAACUAUGACUAUGCGGCAUAUCCUUCUGCUGAACAGCAGGGUAUGCUCGACGACGAGGUCGACGACAAUGCCAGCGGGAUCCACUUUUCGGCGUACGACAACAAACCCUUCAACCGGGGCGGCCCCUCGUCGGCGAGCCUGGCCAGCGUGGCGCAGCAGAUAACCCGGGUCAACACGGUGGCGUCGGCGUUGAAGCGAUUCUUCAGCAAGGACGAAGGCGGCAGUGUGAGCAGUCGACCGACGAGUGCCACGCCGGAAGCGCAGACGGGUCCGUUCCGGUUCCCGGGGUCGGCCAGUUCGUCCAACCUGACGGGGCGAUUACCGGACCGGGCGCAGGGCAGCAUUCGCAUCACGGACCAGGUAAUCGAGGAGGUGGACGAACAGCAGAUGACCAUCACGUCGAUGCAUGGCAAAAACGUGGACCCGCGGCCAACGGCGGCUAGUCUGUGGGAACACGGUCCACCGAAGCCCAGCGAACCGAUGGAUGUGCCCCAGCCGGCGUACAAGCGAACGCAAUCGGCGGUGGCCCACGGCGGCCAGUUUGAACAUUCGGGACUGUAUCCUCCGGGCGGAGUGGACUCGCUGCUGAGCGCAUCUGCUCCGACGGCGGGCGGCCAGUUUGAGCGCGACUUUGUCCCGCUGAACACCUCCCGGGAAGACGCCAACUUUAUGACCAGCAAAGACUCGCAGAAAAGUGUCGGCGCCGAAGACGCGGACGGUCCGGACGGAGACAUGAGCGAAGCGGACGACUUUGAGAAGCUGCGGGCGGCCCGCGAAAAGGAACGCGCCGAGCGGCAAAAGUUCAAGCUGGCGCGCUCCGUCAGCGGACUCGGCCCCGUCGAUCCGGACCUGCUGACGGAGAAGCUCACCAAAACGGCCGACGGGCAGCAGCACGAGCAGGGCAGCCAAACAGCGGGCCCGUCCGGUGCAGACACCCCGGACAACCGAAGACAUUCCGGAGCACCCGGGCAGGCGGACACGACCUUAUGAUUCUACGUGUCCGAUGAGGCCGACAACAUUGUGUUCAACGUCCGCGACGGAAGCUAGUAGUGACGGGAGGCGACGUUUGUGAACCUUUCCGUUCCCGGAUGGCACUGGCACUGAGUGGAGUGGAUGAGUUGUGAUCAUGGUUGUUUUUGUUCGUUUUUAAAUCCUCAUUGACGAGAACGAGAGAGAAAGUAUUCUUUUUUUUAGUUGUAAGACAAUCGUUACGAAGGCGCACACGUGUUUGUUCUAUUAAAACAUCAGUAUUUGACGAUAUUUAAAAAUUAU